AUGUCUUUUCGAUUUUCCGGUGGAUCCAGGCAGAUCUGCUCACGAGCCGCGUCUGUUAGGCUGUCCGGUGGAGGAACAGGCUUCGUGGCUGGGAAUGUGUGUGUUGGGUCAGGAGCAGGGAGCAGCUUUUCUUGUACUCUUGGGGGCAUUUCUUCUGGAGGAAGCUUCUGCAAUGGUGGUGGAGGGUCGGGAAGUGGUGUGUGUGCUGGUUUUCUUGGCAAUGAGCAUGGCCUCCUUUCUGGGAAUGAAAAGGUGACCAUGCAGAACCUCAAUGACCGCCUGGCAUCCUACCUGGACCAUGUGCGAGCUCUGGAGGAAGAGAACACAGACCUAGAGCAGAAGAUCAAGGAUUGGUAUGAGAAAUGUGGGCCUGGUUCUUUCCGGAAACAUGAUCACGACAAUAGUAGAUACUCCUCGGUCAUCGAAGAUCUUAAAAGCCAGAUUAUUUCUGCAACCAGCUGUAACGCCAGUAUUGUUCUACAAAACGACAAUGCCAGACUGGCUGCCGAUGACUUCAAGCUGAAGUACGAAAACGAGCUUGCCCUGCACCAGAGUGUUCAGGCCGACACCAACAAUCUUCGCAGAGUGUUGGAUGAGCUGACCCUUUGCAUAACCGACUUGGAGAUACAGUAUGAGACCCUCAGUGAGGAACUGACAUACCGCAAAAAAAAUCACCAAGAGGAAAUGCAAGUCCUGCAAUGUGCAGCUGGGGGGAAUGUGAACGUGGAGAUGAAUGCAGCCCCGGGGGUGGACCUGUCUGUUCUGCUGAACAGCAUGAGGACUGAGUAUGAGGACUUGGCUGAGCAGAACCGCAAAGACGCGGAAGCCUGGUUCAACGAGAAGAGUGCAACGCUGCAACAACAGAUUUUUGAUGACGCAGGAGCAGCCACAGCGGCCAGAAAUGAGCUGACGGAACUUAAACGCAAUCUGCAAACCCUGGAGAUAGAACUUCAGUCCCUCGUGGCUAUGAAACAUUCCUAUGAAUGCUCCUUGGCUGAGACAGAAGGAAAUUACUGUGGUCAACUCCAGCAAAUUCAGGAUCAGAUCAGAGCAAUGGAGGAACAACUGCAACAGAUUCGAACGGAAACAGAAGGCCAGAAGCUGGAGUAUGAACAGCUUCUUGAUAUUAAAAUAUUCUUAGAAAAAGAAAUUGAAAUUUAUUGCAACUUAAUAGAUGGAGAAGAAAGAAAAUGCAAAUCCACAUGUUAUGAAUCAAAAGGCUGCAAGGCUGCAAAUUCUGGAAAUCAAGUCAAAGAUUCAACAGAAGAAACUGUUGUCAAAACAGUGGUUGAAGAACUAGAUCAACUUGGCAAUGUCCUUUCACUGAGAGUCCAUUCAGUUGAAGAAAAAUCCUCUAAAAUAAGCAACAUUACAGUGGAGCAACGAGUACCUUCUAAAGACUAUAAUGAAAAAAAACUUCUUUAA